ACCCUAAUUAAUUAACAAAUUCAGCAGCUAGGCGAAAGGCAUGUCGGCCGAAAAUUCAACCAAACCAGCCGGGAAAAACAAGGUUUCUGGCCUAGCAACGGCAUACCUUGUCCUAUACAAUGUAGUUCUGUGUGCAGGAUGGCUGUCUGUGGGUGCUAUGGGAGUGCGUCACUAUCUCCAGGAAGGUACCAAUGUGGGUCUCUACGAUGCCAUUGAACUGCCCCUCAAGGCCUUUCAGACAGCUGCCAUUCUUGAAGUUGUCCAUUGCAUGAUCGGAAUCGUGCCAUCCUCGGCGGUUCUGACUGCAUUUCAGGUGACGUCCCGUCUGGUCCUUCUGUGGCCUGUCACCCAUAGUGUAAUAGAGGUUCAGAAUGAGAAGAGCAUUAUUCUGUAUCUGACGGCCUGGACCAUCACCGAAGUGAUUCGCUAUGCAUUCUAUGUUUUUGCCCUGCUCAACCGUCUACCAUACGUAUUAAUGUGGCUACGAUACACCCUCUUCAUUGUCCUUUACCCCAUCGGCGUAACUGGUGAGCUAUGGACCAUCUACCUUGCAUUGCCGUACGUGAAGAGCACCGGACUGUAUUCACUAGAGCUGCCAAACGACUACAACAUUUCCUUUGAUUAUUACAGCGUCCUUAUCUUCCUCAUGAUUCUCUAUAUUCCAAUAUUCCCAAGGCUGUAUUCACACAUGCUGAGACAGAGGAAGAAAUUGAUUGGAGGAGGCGCCCCAGGAACGAAGAGAGAUUAACCCCACCGUAAUCUUAAGUAGUUUUCUAGAUUUCUAAAAUUCCUUUGAUUCAGAUUAGGGUUUGGUUUGUCAGUGCUAGAAUUCUGUGAAUGACUUCCGGUCUGGAACCAAUGUAAUGACAGCUGCAGACCUGGGGGUGUUUCACAAAUAUCCUAAGUUGAACUUAUCUCAAACUUGGACUUAAUCAAUUAUGGAAAGCAGUUUGCAUCUUUGAAAACAUUUUGUAAAAGUGUUUUUAAAAGGCAUGAAACGUUGAUUCAAAUCAUUCAUAUUUUCUCUCAUCUAGGAGAUUUUAUGUUCUUAAUAAUAAUAAUAAUAAUGAACGUUAUUUGUAUAGCGCAUAUCACUGACACAAAGAAAGUCCCUAUGCGCUUAGAAAAGAAGGAAAAGGACGGAAUAGAAAUGAACAUUUAUGUCUGAUACAUGAAAAUAAUUAAUUACAAACAACAAUAAUGAUACACAAUUCUGGCUUACAUGUAAUAGAUUGUACAUUCAGGUAAAACAAAUACAAAUACAAAUUUAAACAUGAAAAAACAUGAAAAUUAAAUGAAUGAUGGGGAAUUUAUGAAAAGUCUAAAAUAUUUAAAUUUUUGUCGAGUCAGGGAUUCAAAACUUGAUCAGCGCACUGAUCCUUUUUCUGAUGAAAUUCCAUCUCACCUAUGGCUUCAAGCUAUGUCUUGGGAAUGAGGCAUUGUAAAUCCAUGUUUAUCGCGAGGGCUCUGAUGCCCCAAGGUAGUUUUGAACCUGGGAUAUCCUGUACGUGUGACCACUGCCCAAACCACUGAGCCAUCACAAAGACAUUUGUCUUCGUGAUGGUCGCAUAAAUUGAUCACUGCAUACAGUGAUGUCACAGAUUGUUAGCUGAAACUUUUGUUUUGGACGUACGUAGUCACCAUAAUUGUAUGUUUGGCACACCUUUUCUGUAGACUGCACACACAAUGAAUCAUAGCACAAAGCACUUGUUUUUAUAUUCCAUAUUCAGCUGCUUGAAAUCUUUGAAUGAUGCCAAGAAAUUUGUAAGUACAGGUUGGUGAAAGUCAUGUGAAGGAUAGCUAAUUUGCCACAUAUAAACUUUGAUCUUUGACCUCUGGAAGAUAAUUUAUAUCAUGUUUAUAUCAGUGUGAUCUUGCCAGAAUAAAAUUAUUUGUUUAGCGAGGCAUGUUACAAAAGGGAUGCUGCAAAGUAUUUUGUGGUAUAUGAGCUUUCAUAUAUCAUUCCUGUGAUUUUAAUAGUACUUGUAAACUCAAGUGUAAGUGAUGUUAACUGGCUAUUAGUUUCAAAUAUUUCUUUCUCAUAAGAAUAAGACUUUAAAUCUGUCAUUUAAUAUCCCUAUUGCAAUGUAUUGUGUAAAGUCCAAUACAAGAGUGCAUUUAAUACCAAGUGAGAUCUAAACUUCACAAAACUAUUAUUUGUCAUUCAUGCGAGGAUUAAAAAAAAAACACCCCAUAAAUUAAUAAUGUAACAACUCAAGCCUUGAGAAGUCCAGAAUACAAAGAAAGAACUGAAGAUUCCCUUUUACAAUUUGCCUCUGUACCUUUGCCUUAGUGUGUGAUAUGGUUACCGUAAUUGAGUUGUUACCAUAUUGUUCUUAACUUGUGUUUAAUGGAUUAAAAGUUCCUCUUAUAUUUGAUUUUAAUUGUCCUGAAAAAUACAUGUUACAGUUUAUCGGGAAAGUUUGAAAUCAGUUUAAUUAUAUAUCAUAUUAAUCAAGCUUGCUGUUGCAUUACAAUUUUUUUUCUUUGAUAAAUUUAUAUUGUUUUUUAUUUUAUUUUAAGGGAGGUUGGGGAGUUUAAAGGUAAAGUUAUUGUAAGACCCGAAUAUUCAAAUUCUAAAUAUGAAAUUGAUGAUGGGAUGUAGAUCGUGGAUUUAACUAUGAGAAACAUUUCAUUUUUUGUUGUAUGAAGGAAUCUGUCAACCGUAAAAUUUUUACAGGGUUCACAUGUUAUUACACCAUUUAUAGUCUAUUGACCCCUCUUAGCUUUUGAUUUUAAAGGUAUUUAUAUUUUCAUUUGUGGAAUAUCUAAUCAGGUUAUGUUCAUUGUUUUCUGUACCUAUACAAAGUGCUUAUUUGACAGAGGAGAAAGGAGAAAGGAAAUGUAACUAUAUCCUAAUUAAUAUAUAAUUUAUUUGUCCUAAUAGUAUUCAUACAAAUUGCCAGGCUAUAUCAUAAGUAGGAAGGCAUUGUUGAUUUUAAAAGCAGGAAUUUAAAGAGUUGCAUUUUUGUUCUGAAUCAAUCACAAGUUCUCCAAUCAAACUAAAAAAAACUUCCCUUUUUUCUCUGGAGGGAGGGGGGCACACAUGUAGGUGCCCUUGGAAAAAUCAUCCAGGUUUUAGGUUCACCAAUAUCCCAUUGGAACAUGUGUUAACUAAAUGAAUGUUUCAAUGAGUUGCUGGAGAACUUGUACUUAUGACAGUUUUGUAAAAACGCUGCCCUUGAUACGUCACUAAUCAACAUGCCUACUUGAACAGGAAUGUUCUGGAGUAUUUCAACACAUUACAUAACUUGUCUACCGGUACUUUUUCUUGUCAGUGUUUGAAUGUUCACCGUUUCAGUCUGGUACGUUUCGAUCCGGUUUGAUUCUGAAGUGACAGGUUAUAGUUGUAUUUUCAGAGAGGAUCUAGCCAUUAAUACUACUUGGAAUAUUGAAGUGAGUGUAUUCUAUUCAGUUAUAUUAAUCAUACGGUUUUGAAAUGUAGAUUUGUCUCGUACAAAGAGAGUAAGUUUUGACACACAUGUUCCUCAAGCCUAGUUAACAUAAAUUUUACUUGAGUUUGCGAUUUAAAUUCCUGGAAAAAAAAGGAAAAAUUUUGAUCUGGUGAAUUACCAUCCAGUUCCUUUUAGGAAACAACUUUUUAUGAGAUUUGCCCAACCAAACAUUACUGGCUCUAAUACUAAUCAUGAAACUUCACAAUUUGGACAUUAUUAUAGAGAGUACACAGCAGUAAAUAAAUUAUUCCAAUAAUCCUACAAAGUGCGAUGAUCUGUUUUUAAGCAUCACACCUAUGAAAUCCAUUUGAGAUUUUAAAAAACCUAUCCGGUAUUUGAACUUGGAAGGGAGUUUGUUAUUUCAAAUGAAUGUACCUACUGGUAUGCAGUAAGAAAGGAAAUGAAAUGACUGUUCUAUGUACUAUAAAGUUAAAUGAUAAUUUAAAUUUUUUGCCCAACGAAAAUCAUGGAUUGAAAUGACUUUGAAAUGUGUGGUUGCAAAACCAAAAUAAAGUACUUGUUUUUAAUCGAA